AUGGCAGUGCAGGUGGUCCGCGGGACGAAGACGAAGGCCGAGACUUUCCCGGGGGCGGACUACACCACCACCGUGGAGGCGUUCAUCCCGGCCACCGGACGCGCCAUCCAGGGCGCCACCUCCCACCACCUCGGCCAGAGCUUCUCGAAGAUGUUCGACAUCUCCUUCCAGGACCCGUCCGACCCCACCGGGAAGGCCCGGGAGAACGCGUACCAGAACUCGUGGGGGAUCACGCAGAGGACAUUGGGCGUGAUGAUCAUGGUGCACGGCGAUGACAAGGGCCUUCAGCUGGCGCCGCCCAUUGCCGGCAUACAGGUCAUCAUCAUCCCCGUGGGGCUGAAGGCCAGCAGCACCGACGAGGAGAGGGCGGCGCUCAGCGCCGCCACCACGGACUACCACGAGAAAUUGCAGGCCGCUGGCGUGCGCUCGAAGGUGGACGAGCGCGACAACUCGCCAGGCUGGAAGUUCAACUACUGGGAGAUGAAGGGUGUUCCGUUGCGCAUCGAGCUGGGCCCUCUUGAUCUGAAGAAGGGCGAGUUCGUUAUGUCUAAGCGGAAUGUGCCUGACCCCAAGGCCGGGAAGAUCACCGGCAAGCACGACUCGCUGGUGGACGACGUGAGGGCCACGCUGGAUGCCAUCCACAGGGAGAUGUACGACAAGGCGCUUGCCGAACGGGAUGAGCGGCUGGUCAAUGUCGACAAGUGGGAGGAGUUGAGCCCGAAUUUGAAUAAGGGCAGGCUGUGCCUCGUUCCCUUCUGUGGCGACCCUGAGUGCGAGGAGCAAAUCAAAGAGCUGAGCAAGGCCGAGGCCGCGGACGCUGAGGUCGCUGGAGGCCUGAAGAUGGGCGCCAAAAGCUUGUGCAUGCCGCACGAGGAAAAGUAUAACUACAAUUGCCCCCAGGUAUGCGUAAGGCCAGGCUGCACUUGCAAGUGCUUCUACGGCGACACCAUGAGGCGGGUGAUGUUCGGAAGGAGUUACUGA